CACUACAUCUGCCACUAGAAAUUCCAUGCGGCUAGUGUAUGGCAAUGCGGCGCCGUAAUUCUAUAUUAGUUGCAUGGCUAUUACAGGCUCUCUAAUGCGCAGAGGUCAUGCCUUUAAAAUUAUCUCCUGUCUAAUAUUUACUCGACGUACGCCUUGUCCCUAUAAUUGAAAAGUCCUUCCGUUCUCUGCGUUGCAGCGCUUGUAGCUCCGAAAGUCAUGGGGUCAAUGGCGAUGAAUGAGAAGGACUACCCUCCAGAGUACAUGGACGCGUUUUCUGGUGAUGAACUACUUGCAACUGCCGUCAUUUUCAUGGUCCUGGAGAUAGUCUUUGCAACCGUGCGAGUCUGGACGAAAGAAAGACAGGAGAUGGAGAGGGGUCUAGAUGACUGGUUUAUCUGGCCAGCACUGGUGGUGAAUAUUAUCCUGUGCAUUGAGGGAUUGAUCCUGAUCCCCCUUGCCGGAGUGGGAACCCAUCUUGUGGCUGUCGAGUCGCGGAGUCCUGAGAAACUAGUGGCCUGGUCGAAAGGCAUCUAUGCCUGCGUUUGGCUCUGGGCGCUAGCAGUGGCCUUACCCAAGAUAUCGAUCGUAGGCUUCUACCUGCGCUUCUUCAAAGCACCCUACGAGCGAGCUAUCAGCUACACCCUUAUAUUAGUCAUCGCGGCGACCUUCGUAGCCACGGGAUUAACUGCUACAUUCGAAUGCUCUCCCAUCCACUACCAGUGGGAUAAGAAUAUAGCGGGCGGGGGCACCUGCAUCGACGUAUUGGCAUUUUACCGCUGGAUGUCAUUCCCGAAUAUCGUCACGGACGCUAUAAUGCUGAUACUUCCACUACCUAUGGUGUGUAGGUUACAUACCACCCGGAGUCAAAAGGUCGGACUCGGUAUUAUCUUUGCAACUGGUGGAGCGUAUGGUUUCCCCCCCCUUAUGAUGUCCUUGUUACGGCAAUGCGUCUCCCUGUCUUACACUGCAUAUAGCGGAAUUAUUACUUCUUGUCUACGAUUUGCGAUCUUCUAUAACCACGAUGCUUUCCAGGAUAACACCUGGACGUCUGUUCAGCUGCUCAAGUGGACGGAUAUCGAACCUGGAAUUUACUUCCUAGCGGCCUGUAUGCCCUCUUUCCGACCACUCCUUCAGCGUGCCUGGAGCCGGUUUAUGUCGCCGUAUCUCAAGUCAUCUCGGAACGGGGGGUCUACCGACCCCAGCGAGCGUGGAGGAAUUGCUCUAUACACAAUUGGAGGGAGCAGUCGUGAGCAUAAAUACGCACGUCGUAGUCAUAACCGUACGCUUGAAUUGCUUUCUGAGGUGGAUGGAGACGAACCAAACGAGGUGAAGCAGGAUGAUCGAAGGACACUUCUGACUCGUAUGGCCUUUGGCAAUGUUGCAUCUUCUAAGCGGCAAGGCUCGCCGUUUCUUAGCAAUGGAGGAAUUCAGGUUACGAAGACGGUUGCCAUUGAUCGUUGUUAGCGGGUUGAACGGUAGUCUAUAUGCUAUGCGACGUGAACAGUAUUGGCGUGUGUAACGAUGCA